ACCCUAAGAAGAAGAGGAGGAGGAGGAGAAGGAGGAGGAGGAGGAGAAGGCGGAAGUGGAAUGUAAACAUGUGAAGGUCUAAAGUCUUGUGAGUUGAUAAAGCGUUUUCAGGUCCAAGAUGACUCAGGUAAGCCAUCAGCAGUGGGGAGAGGUGCCCGGCCUGGGUAGUGUGGACCUGUGGGUCCUCCAGUCCUCCCAGGUGCGGGUGGAGGUUCUCACCCUGGGUGCCAUCAUCAGGUCUGUGUACAGCAGAGGGAAGGAUGGUCAGAUGGAAGAUGUAGUCCUGGGCUACGAUGACCUGGAAGGUUAUGUGUCAGAUAAGCGCUACCUGGGAGCUCUGGUAGGCCGCGUGGCCAACAGGAUCGGACGGGGACACUUUGUAGUGGAGGGAAAAGACUACCAACUGGAUAUCAAUAAUGGACCUAAUGCACUGCACGGAGGGCUACGGGGCUUCAAUAAGGCUAUCUGGCUUGCUACAGCAGUCGACGGUGGCAUUCAGCUGAGUCUUACAAGUCCAGAUGGAGACCAGGGUUAUCCUGGAGAGGUUCAGGUCUCUGUCUCCUACACCCUACAGGGGGAAACACUAACUGCUGAAUACCAAGCCCGGUCUAACAAAACCACCCCCAUCAACCUCACCAACCACUCCUACUUCAACCUGGCGGGACAGGGUGCAGCAGAUAUGUACGACCAUGUAGUGUCCAUCAGUGCUCAGUCCUUCCUGCCUGUGGAUGACACAUCGAUUCCUACAGGAGAGAUCAGAGCAGUGGAAGGCACACCCUUUGACCUCAGAAAGCCUGUUCUGAUUGGCCCUCGGCUGAAGGAAAUUCCAGGUCCGGGGUUUGACCACAACUUCUGUCUGUCAUCGCCCGGUGAUACUUGGGCAGAGAGACACGCUGCCAGAGUGUGUCACCCAGCCAGUGGGCGUGUCCUGGAGGUUUCCACCAGCCAACCAGGAGUCCAGUUCUACACUGCCAACUUCCUGGAUGGCUCUAUUACAGGAAAGGGCGGGGCUAGGUACAGGAAGCACAAUUCCUUCUGUCUGGAGACACAGAACUGGCCCGAUGCCAUCAACCAGACCUCAUUUCCUGAUUGUCUCCUGCGUCCUGGUGAGAACUACCGACAUGUCACACGCUUCACCUUCACCACUGAGUGAUCCGACCUCUGCCCACAGUUGGACAGAGAAGAAGAAAACUGGGUACUUUGAAGUAUAAAAUGAAGCCCAUUAAUGAAUUACAUAUACCAGUUUUCACAGGUUAAUCAUUGGGGAUGCACGAUAUGGAGUUGUUUUUAACCGAUAUUAUAACUGUUAAUUACCUGCUUCUAAUGGCCAAUACCGAUAAGAUAACUGAUAAUUUCACAUUUUUGUAUUUUAAAAAGAAGUUCAUAACCUGUAAAAUGUCGUGAACAAAGAUGGAUGAUUUAACAUUCAAUAGCUCUGUUCUAACUGAAACUGACUUCACAACGAGAAACAACAGUUCUGACUCUUCAAAUGGUUAUUUAGUUUUUCUAAUAAAGUUCAUCAUGAAACUUCACAAACAUACUUUAAAGAAACAUACCUUAUCAGCUGUAAUUCAUUAAUCGGGAUAAUUUACUAUAAUAUCAAUUUCCCAUUAUCAGCCAACUUAUCUGCCCCGAUAAUAAUCAUGCAUUCCUGAUAAUCGUGUGUUGUACAAUUACAGCAGCCAGUGCCUUUUUCACACUGUGUGAGUGAUCUGAUUCAGAUUUGUUAAUGUGAAGAACUUUACCACACCAAUGCUGUGACGGGUUUACAGCCUGUGCACGUCAGGUGUGGGGCAGUGACGUACCACCUGACCAAACACUGUUAGUUAUAAUGAGGUUUAUGAUCCUGUGCCAUUCUUACAUCAAACAAAAAAGUAAUAAUAAAGAGCUUACUCACUCAA